ACGCAGCAAUCUCUUUUCUUCUCUUUAGGAUAGUGAGGAAUUGCUCAAAUUGAUGCGGCCGGAAGGAACGCUGGCCCUGGAGCUGCCCUGGAAAUCCAAGACCCUUCCUCCAUCCCCCUACCUCUUGGUGCAUUUCCACGGAGGGGGUUUCGUAGCCCAGACUUCCAAGUCGCACGAGCCUUACCUGAAAUCGUGGGCUCAGGAGUUGGGGGCCCCUAUUCUUUCAAUCGACUACUCGCUCGCGCCCGAGGCUCCGUUCCCACGAGCGUUAGAAGAAUGCUUCUUUGCCUACUGCUGGGCCAUUAAAAACUGCCACCUCUUGGGUUCCACAGCACAAACGGUGUGCCUUGCCGGGGACAGCGCCGGCGGCAAUCUCUGCAUCACCGUCUCCAUGCGCGCAGCUGCUUUUGGGAUCAAGUUGCCGGAUGGGAUCAUGGCGGCCUACCCCGUCACCCUCUUGGAGAUCGCCGCCUCGCCCUCGCGCCUUCUCACGCUGCUGGACCCGCUCCUGCCUCUCAGUGUCUUGUGCAAAUGCCUCAGUGCCUACGCAGAAGCCUUGAGGAAAAGUGCCUCCGAGACGAGCCUGAAGUCUAAGCCGUUUGCCAGCCACAAAGAGUCCCGGAAGAAGAGCCAGACGUGUCAAAAUUUCUUGGGGUCCUCCGAUGUCCAGCGAGACUCAUGCGCUACCACUCCAGACCCCGAAGAUCAGCCCACCUUCUUCUUCUCCGACCAGGACAAAGAGGCCUUCCCCUCCAGCGAUCCCCAGGGUCUGAUGUUUCCCGACGGCUUCCAGCCGCUACGCACCGGUCAGGCCGCCGCCAGCCUGCCUCUGGAGCUGUCGCCAAUCGUCAAGAACCCCUUCAUGUCGCCGCUGUUGGCCCCGGAUGAAAUGUUGAAGGGACUCCCUCCGGUUCAUAUCGUGGUGAGCAGGCCUGUGUGGCUGCAGGGAGGGGAAGGGGAGGGGAGCGGGGUUGAGUAG